GAGAGAGAGAGAGAUCGUCCUUCAUUUGCUUCCUCCAUCCAUCGUUCGCCACUGUUCAGAUCGUCAGUCAUGUGAGCGAGCGCUGUGGUUCAAGUAUCUAAUACUUGGUCGAUCACCCUGUCAGCCUCUGAAUCUUCUUGUCAUUGAUUCAAUUUCGUCUUCUUCCUUCCCUGCAAUUUAUCACUGUCGAUCGUUGCCAUGGCGGGGGGUUUGUUAAACUCAUAGCUUCUUCCAUUCUGCUUGUUGCUAUCCAAAACCGUGAGUAGUAGGAAACUUCCUCCUUGAUCCCUCUCUGUUUGCAUGCUGCUGUAUGUGUGCUGCCAUGGUUCGUGAUUUUUUUUUCCCAAUUCAUGUUGAUCUUUCCCAUUUCUAUCGUUGGUAAUUCUAAGACCAGCCGAGAGAAAGAGAGAGAGCGAGAGCGAGCUUAGAUCUUCCCAUACUCGACUUUCCUCUGUUUCUUUCACCAUUUACUGUCAUCAUCGGUGAUGUGGAUAAGCCGGAAAAGAAAUUCUCACCCCCUCUGUUAUUCCUUACUGACACGGUUCUUCUAUUCCCAUGCAUCACCAUCAUCCUCCUCGUCAUUUCUUUGUCUCCCGCGUAGUCUCUUUGCUGUUGGUGUUUGUGAGGUGCUGCCAGGGGUGCUUGAGCUUCUUCUUCCUUUGCUUCUGUCGACUCUUUUCCUCUUCCCCUUCUCUGUCGUUGCCAGCUCAGGGACUUUAUAUAGAACACUAAUUGCUAACGGCAGUUCCGUUAGCUCUUGGCGCGCCAUGGCACAUCUAGCUAGCAGGGUGUUUAUAGGAGGUGCUAGCCCCAUACGAUGGCCAACGCAUGUGGAACGGAGGGAUGGUUAUUCAUGAGCAUCGUACUCACAUUUGUUUCGUGGCUUUGGCCGCGUUUGGUUCCUUACCCUCGUGUACUAUGUGUCCAUGUUUGUUUUCGUGGCAUAAACCGUGUUUGGUUAGUUACCUUUGUGGAUUGUGUGUCCACAUUUGUUAAUUGUUCUCCCUAUAAUUAUGAAUCCAAUUAUUUGAUAAUUUUAUAUUCCAUUGAUUUUUAUUUA